GAAGGUAAAGUAGCACUUAUAACUGGUGGUGCUAGUGGCAUAGGAGCAGCUACCGCUAGACUUUUUAUUCAACAUGGUGCAAAAGUAACAAUUGCAGAUAUUCAAAAUGAUCUCGGAAAUUCAUUAGUAAAACAAAUCGACAAUAAUGAACACAUAAUGUUUAUUCAUUGUAAUGUCGCAAUUGAAUCAGAUGUUCAAAAUGUUGUAGAUGCAACGGUUGCCAAAUUUGGUAAGUUCGACAUAAUGUUCAGUAACGCUGGUGUAGCUGGUAAGUCAAUUUCCAGCAUUUUAGAUGUAGAUUCCGAUAUAAUUAAAAAUGUGUUCGAUGUAAACGUUGUUGGAGCCUUUUUAUGCGCGAAACAUGCUGCUAGAGUAAUGAUUUCGAAUAAUACGAAAGGUUCGAUUAUUUUCACAACAAGUGCUGCAACAGUAGUCUAUGGUAUUGUCCCACACGCAUAUGCUGCAUCAAAAAGUGCGGUUUUAGGGCUCUCUAAGAAUAUAGGAGUUGAAUUAGGAAAAUACGGAAUAAAAGUUAACUGUGUUUCUCCUCAUUACAUUAGCACACCGCUAACGUUGAACGCGCUCGGAAUAUCUGAGAGAGAAAUGGGAGAGAAAUGGUUUGCUGAAGGAGGAAAUUUGAAAGGAGUUUUAUUAGAUGAACAAGAUGUAGCAAAUGGAGUGUUGUAUUUAGCAAGUGAUGAUUCUAAAUAUGUGAGUGGUUUGAACUUAGUUAUUGAUGGUGGUUAUAGUACUACAAAUAUUGCUAUAGGUGAGGCAUACAACAAAUUAUUCCCAUCAGGUACUGCCAAUCAAGUUAUGCAGAUUCUUAUUUAAAUUCGCAAAGAUUUCAACCCGUUCCACCCCGUAUUAUUUUUUAUCCCUAUAAUUGUCACUGUCUUACUUUAUGUACAAGUUCUUCCC